UUUCUGUAAGUGAGUCAACACGGCACAGGGAGGACGCCACCCAGCCCCGCCGCUGGAUCCUAUGCUGGGCUUCUCCCUUAUCCUUCGAGGACGCAGGACACAAAGACAAAUUCACUUGGGUCGACAGCCUGCGGAUUUAGGCUUUUCUCUUCACACAGCACCGGGGAUGGUUAUUGCCGUUUUGACGCGGCUUUUUCCUAUUUGGAAUUAACGCGGCGGAGGAAAAAUGAAAGUGACGGUGUGCUUCGGAAGGACCCGGGUGGUCGUUCCGUGUGGAGAUGGGAAUAUGAAAGUCCAGAGCCUUAUCGAACAAGCGGCUAUGAGGUACAAAAAGGCGAUUGCAAAGGACCCCAGCUACUGGGUUCAGGUGAACAGGUUGGAACAUGAUGGUGGCAUUUUGGACCAGGAUGAUAUGCUGUGCGAUGUGGUGGAUGACAAAGAUAGGCUGGUUGCAAUAUAUGAAGAGCAGGAUCCGCACAAUGGAGGUGAUGGUACCAGCUCCAGUUCCACAGGUACACAGAGUCCGGAACCUUUUGCCAGUGAGAUGAAUUCAGCGUCAGCCUUCCAGCCCUACCAGGCCAGUAGUGAAAUUGAGGUCACCCCAUCUGCUCUGCUAUCCAACAUGUCUCUCAAUGUCCGUCGCAGCAGUGAUCCCGCCCUGGCUGGCUUUCCUUCAGUCGAGGCCCCAGUUGCUCCAGAAGAACCGUCCAGAAAAAAUCCAGCUCGCUGGUCCACAACUGCUGGUUUCCAGAAGCACAACCACAAACGAAACCCAAGCAGUGGCACGGGGAGCCUCGAACGAAAGGGCAGAGGAGCUCACGCCUACCGUAGUCUUCCUCGUGAUGCGAGUGGCUGGACCACUCAAUUCCAGAGACAGAUGACUCGAUCCUCUCUUAGUGCCAACCAUCCAAUGGUAGAUCGAUGGCUUGGCCAACAAGAACAGGAAGAGGAGGAGGAAAAGGAGCAAACGAGUCAAGAGAGGAGAAUUGAACGGACAGAGCCGGUAGGAAGGGCUGAUUCCUCGUUGGAACACUCGCCAGUGUUUCAUCUAGAAAGCAUGCUCAAGCCCAUCGAGGUGUCCAAUGAAGGCGGGCCACUGGGGAUCCACGUAGUGCCUUUCAGUUCACAUGAUAUCAGGACACAGGGCUUGCUGGUGAAGCGUUUGGAGCCCGGGGGCAAAGCAGAGAAGGAGCGUCUCUUCCAGGAGAACGACUGCAUCGUCAGAAUUAAUCAGGGAGACAUUCGCAACCUGCGCUUCGAACAAGCACAGAACAUUUUCAAGCAGGCGAUGCGUUCCCCGCGGAUCCUUUUCCACGUGGUCCCCGCAGCCAUGAAGAAACAAUAUGAGCUACUGUCGGCACAGAAUGAGCUCAGCCCACCUCAACUGAACAGAGUUCACUUUCGCCAGGAGUCUCAGCAGCCAGCAGACAGGUCCAGUCUGACUGGGGGGCUGACACCCAGAUCUGGACAACAAUCGGGCCUCAGCCACAACCACCAUGGUUCCCUCGCAGGGAGCACUCCAGACUCAAGUCGACGCUUUGCCACUUUACCCCACAGUUUGGUCUCCAGGACCGCAUCGGCCCCUUCCCCUUCCCUGCAGCGCAGGAUAAGCUCAAAUGCUUCUGACACCUCCUACCUGAAGAGCAAAGGUCGCAGAUUCAACGUCCAGCUGAAGAAAGGUCCAGAGGGUCUUGGAUUCAGCAUCACAUCCAGAGACGUCCCGAUUGGUGGCAGCGCUCCCAUUUAUGUUAAAAAUAUCCUUCCCCGAGGUGCCGCCAUCCAAGAUGGUCGACUUAAAGCCGGAGACCGGCUGCUGGAGGUCAGUGGAGUGGACCUGAAUGGUAAAAGCCAGGAAGAGGUGGUAGCCCUGCUUCGAGCCACACCCAUGGGUGGAACCGUGAACCUGUUGGUGAUUCGCCCGGAGGACUCCCUGCUGCCCCGAGAAGUGCAAGAGAAAGAUGACAUCGUGUUAAACUCUGAUGGUACACAAGAGUUAAUGACCUUUGAGAUCCCGCUGAAUGACUCGGGCUCAGCGGGCUUGGGGGUCAGUGUCAAAGGAAACCGGUCCAAGGAGAACCACGCUGACUUGGGCAUCUUCGUCAAAUCCAUUAUUAAUGGAGGUGCUGCUAGCAAGGAUGGCCGUCUGCGUGUUAAUGACCAACUUAUUGCAGUCAACGGGGAGUCGUUGAUCGAGAUGACAAAUCAGGAUGCCAUGGAAAUGCUGCGCAAAUCAAUGUCUGUAGAGGGUAACAAGCGAGGGAUGAUCCAGCUCAUCGUGGCCCGGCGGGUGGCAAAAAACAAUGAGGAAGUCCCUGGCAGCCCUCCGUUUUUGGAGCGUCCCGUUAACUCUGUUCUGGAGGGCCAUGAACGCCGGAUCUCCCACACUCUCUCUGACUCCACUGGGAGCUCAAACAGCAUCUCCACUCCACGAGCUAACGCGAUAGGACGCAUCGGUCACUUCCAGCUCUCUCCCACUGUGAACAUGCCACAAGACGACAUAGUAAUGAUCGAAGACGAUAGGCCACCGCUGCUUCCUGCACACCUGUCUGACCAGUCGUCGUCCAGUUCCCACGAUGACAUGGGCUUUGUUGGCGAAACCCAGGUUCCCUGGAUUCAUGAGCUGCCUGGGCAGAAUGAAUGCUCGCUUAGUCCAGACGCAGAUCCUGACGGUGCGUUCCAGAGGGAGGGGUUUGGCCGCCAGAGUAUGUCGGAAAAGCGCACCAAGCAAUAUGACAGUCCUGCACAGCUGGAGAUCAUCAAGUCCCGCAAGUCCAAGAGCAUGGAUUUAGGUUCUGCAGAGCAACAGGUUGGGCCUUCGCUGGGUCUGAAAAAGUCCAGCUCCUUGGAAAGCCUUCAGACGGCUCUCGCAGGGGUUGCAAUGAAUGGUGAGAUCAACGUGCACAGGACGCACUCAAGGAUCGUCAGGGGCAGGGGCUGCAACGAGAGUUUCCGAGCUGCGAUUGACAAAUCGUACGAGAAACCUGGCGUCCAUACAGCAGAAGAAGAGAACAGCAUGGACACACUGGAUGAUGACACAAGCUCCCGAUCGGGUCGUGAGUCCAUGUCCACCAGUGGUGACCUCACGUUGGGCCCCGGGCUGAAUGGCAGAGAUGACAGACCGAAAGAGCAGGACAAGUCUGGGGGAAAGGAAAAGAAGAAGCCAGAAAAGGAGAAAGACAAGGAGAAGAAUAAACCCAAGAAAGGUGUGCUGAAAGGCUUGGGCGAGAUGUUCAGGUUUGGAAAGAGCCGGAAGGAUGAACGGCCAGAUGAGAAGAUGGAGAGGAGGAGCUCCAGUAAAUCUAAAGCUGAGGAUAUGCAGGCAUCAGAAGAGGAGACCCAGCGGAUGAGACUGGAACAAGAGAGAAUACAGGCCAAGACACGGGAACUUCGUGAGAAGCAGGCCAAAGAGAGGGAAUACGCAGAGAUCCAAGAUGUUGUCAGCCGCACCUUCAGCUCAGAUGACGACCAUACCUAUGCUGGCAUUGGAUCGUUAGCCUCUUCAAUAGACAGCAGCAGCAUGGAUCCUUACAGCCACCCCUACCAUCUUCCCCAGAGUCCUCACAGUCCACGCGCUUCCUUGAGCCUUCAUGACAACGGUCCUCCCCUGGAGACACUGUACGCCCAGGUCAACAAGCCUCGUAAUGGACGUCCUGCAGCUCCAGACAGCAGUCAGAUGGCCCCUAGUAACCACGACCGGAUACAAAGGCUGAGGAGUGAGUUCCAGCAGGCCAAGCAGGACGAAGACCUUGAGGACCAUCAGCACAGCUUCAGCUUCAACCAGUCCUGGGCCAGCAAUGGGACAGAGACAUCAAGUGGACGUCACUCUGUAACAGUUGACACUCAGGUCCAGAAACAGCAGCAAGAGGACAGAGAUGAUUUCCAGCAAUCACAGAGGCAGUACAAUUCCCUGCCACGGCAACCUCGUAAGAACACCAGCACAGCAUCCCAAGACUCAUGGGACAAGCUGUACAUGCCAGCAGAGGGAUUCCAGGCAUCCAAGGAAAAUCCACGCUACUCCGGGGGCCAGGGGUCACGUAACGGCUACCUGGGAACACCCAAUAUUAACGCCCGCGUCUUCUUUGAGACCCAGGAGCUGCUGAGGCAGGAGGAAAGGCGUAGAGAGCAGGCGGCCAACAAAGCCAGGCCGCCUCCUGCACAGGAAGCUCCCGGUGGAAGCACCAUUGACCAAAACAGAGACCGCACUCAAGGUCCCAGCUCUACCCCAGUUCAGGUCCCAUUAAAGCCCAAGGGACCCUACAGACAGGACGUACCCCCAUCGCCUACUCAACUCGCCAAGCUCAGCAGGCAUCAGAGUUCAGUGAAAGGAAAGCUGUUUUAUUCCUGAGAUGGUGAAAGGAAGUAUAUGGAUGUCUUUAAGGUGAUAAGGACUGAUCCUCAUGAGCAUUUACAGGGAAAAAAAAAAA